AUUAAUGGACAACGAGAAGCAGAAAUAGAUGCAGUCCACGAGCUGGAAAAGCGAAGGGAUUUGCCGGUGAAUGGGGAGAUGUGGAGCUUUCUGCUUCAUCCUCUCCACCGUCGCCAGAAUAGCCAGAUCCGCCGGCCCUAACCCUAACCCUAACCCUAACCGUAUAAUUUCCAACAGCCUCGCUAAUCUCCGUCUCUCCCCUGCUUCAAAGUCCCCACACCGCUUCUUCGAUUUCCGGGGAUUUUCUGCGCUCCCAUCUCCAUCUACCAUUUACAGCAAUGAAUUUGAUUACAGUGGCCAUAGUUUUGAGGAUAAUUACGCCUUGGAGUACAUGGAAGAUGCGGGUACAGGAAAGAUCCCCAUCAAAGCUUACUUUCUCUGCACCAGUAUUGAUUUGAAGGGCAUGCACGCUGAGAAUUCAAGCAAUGUUAUUCCUCCUACCUCUCGCUCGUCAAAUUAUAUUGCUCUCAGAUUUUGCAAUUUCCCUUCAAAAACUACUGGCAUUAGACAUGAAGGGGAUGAGAGCUGUUGCUGUUAUAUGGUUGUAUUCCAAUAUGGGUCUGCUGUCCUGUUUAACGUUGAGGAUCAUGAUGCUGAAGCAUUUUUGGAAAUUAUUAGAAGACAUGCUUCUGGAUUGCUCCCAGAGAUGAGGAAGGAUGAUUAUGCUGUAAAAGAGAUGCCAUUAUUGGUUGAGGAUAUGCAAGGAGGCCCUGACUUCAUUGUUCUUAAAAAUAUUGAUACUGAUAGUAUUCGAAUAAUUGGCAGCGUGCUUGGUCAAAGUAUUGCUUUAGAUUAUUUUGUAUCACAGGUUGACUCUAUGGUUGAAGAAUUUACAGAUAUAAAUCGUGGAAUGGAAAAAACUGGUACUUUCACAAUGAAUAGGAAGAAGCUUUUUAAACUAGUUGGAAAGGCAAAUUCGAAUCUUGCUGAUGUGAUUCUCAAAGUGGGUCUUUUUGAUAGGUCAGAAAUUGCUUGGAGAGAUGCAAAAUAUGCUCAAAUAUAUGAGUACCUCCGGGAGGAGUAUGAAGUUGCACAACGGUUUGGAAACCUCGAUUUCAAAUUGAAAUUUGUGGAGCACAACAUUCAUUUCCUUCAAGAAGUCCUCCAAAACAGGAGGUCAGAUCUCCUGGAAUGGUGCAUCAUAUUCUUGCUGAGCAUUGAGAAUGUUAUAUCAGUAUAUGAGAUAGUUCAUGAUUCAACCAUAGUUCCGGUGUGAUCUCGAACCACACAGAUUCAUUUCUUCUUCUUAAUCCAUAGAGCUAAUUUAAGUUAUUGACUGGGAGCCUUGGUCCCCAUCCAUAAGAUAUUAUUAUUAUUUUUUUAAUUUUGUGACUGAAAAGUGAGGGAUUCUUGCCGCCGAAAUAAUUGUUUUGUAAAGCAAACGUGAGACUGCCGAGCAUGAGCAUUUAGAACUAAUACAAGUUAUUGUAUCAAAAUAAUUGAAUAGAGCCCUAUUUGUUGUUCCAGAAUAAGAAGUAAAAAGAAGGGAAUAGAGCUGUGUUUGUUUUGAGUUUUAA